UAUAGGAUGGAUGCAUAGAAGGGAAGGAGACUCCUCCUCCUCUAAAACUUAUGUUUGUGUGUAGGUGAGAAGUUGGGAUUCCCCGAUCAAUUAAACAUGGCUGAGGAGAGGGAUCCAGUAGAGUUGGGCAUGGCACUCGGCGCAGAUUCGAACAUGAAAGAAGACAGCGUAACAGCUAAGAAGAGGGCAAAACGGUUGGCGAUCACCGCAGAAGCGAGCAGUGAAAGAGAGAAGGGGACGCUUGAUCAAGAUGAAGAUGAUUUGUGUGUAGGUGAGAGGUUGGGAUUCUCCGAUCAAUCAAACAGGGCUAAGGAGAGGGAUCUAGUAGAUCAGUUGGGCAUGGCACUCGGCGCAGAUUCAAACAUGAAAAAAGACAAGGUAACAAGUAAGAAGUGGAGGGCAGAUUCGACACUGAUCAGCUCAGAUUCGACAAUGGAAGAAAACCCUGUACCGCCUGAGGUGUGGGUGCCAGAAACCUCGCCAAUCUUUGCAGAUAAUAAGAUGGAAAUAGACAUCAGCUCAUAUUUGAAAAUGGAAGGAUACCGUGGACCGCCGUGGGUGCGAGAAGCCAGGCUAGCACGCAAGCCAAUCUCCGCAAAUGAGAACAAGGAAAUAGACAGGGCAAUGGAAAUAGACAUCAGCUCAUAUGUGACAAUGGAAAAAUACCGUGUACCGCCGCACAUGCCAAUCUUCCCAGAUGCGAACAUGGAAAUAGACAGCGAAACUCAUGUUGAAGAUGAAGAUGCGGAGCAUAAGAAAUUGAUGGACCGCCGCAUGCACGCGCAAGCGACCCAAGGAAAUGUUGAUGGCUUUAUUAAAAUUUUAGGCUCGAUAUCCUCCGAACAGGACCUUCAACACUCAGAAAUUCUCUGCCAAGUUAGUCCCCGGAAAAACACAUGCCUCCACAUAGCAGCAAAUUUUGGACACCAUGAUCUUGCCAAGUACAUCGUGAAAGAGUGUCCAGAUCUUAUCAAAAAUAAAAACUCCAAAGGCGACACGGCACUUCAUAUUGCUGCUAGAAAAAGGAAUUUAUCUUUCGUUAAGAUUGUCAUGGAUUCAUGCCCUUCUGGAAGUGGCGCAUCCCAAGAUGUAGAGAAGGCUGAGCCUUCAUUGCUGGGAAUUGGUAACAAAGAAGGAAAUACAGUGUUGCAUGAGGCACUGAUAAACCGUUGCAAACAAGAAGAUGUGGUGGAAAUCCUUAUUAAGGCAGAUCCCCAAGUGGCUUAUUAUCCGAAUGAGGAGGGAAAGUCACCAUUGUAUCUAGCUGCAGAAUCACACUACUUCCAUGUCGUAGAGGCUAUAGGAAACUCUGAAGUUGAGGAGCGCAUGAAGAACAGAGACCGCAAAGCAGUCCAUGGCGCCAUUAUGGGAAAGAAUAAGGAGAUGUUGGAAAAAAUACUGGCCAUGAAGCUGGUCCACCAAAAAGACAAAGAUGGUAGGACUCCACUUCAUUGUGCAGCAUCCAUUGGAUAUCUCGAAGGAGUUCAAAUGCUGUUAGACCAAUCUAACUUGGAUCCAUAUCAAACGGACUCUGAUGGCUUCUGUCCCAUCCAUGUUGCAUCAAUGAGAGGCAAUGUGGACAUUGUCAAAAAGUUGCUCCAGGUCUCCUCUGACUCAAUAGAGUUACUAAGCAAACGCGGUGAGAACAUUCUUCAUGUGGCAGCCAAGUAUGGUAAAGACAAUGUAGUCAAUUUUGUGCUCAAAGAAGAAAGGCUUGAGAACUUUAUAAAUGAGAAGGAUAAUGUUGGAAACACGCCACUGCAUUUGGCAACCAUGCAUGGACAUCCUAAGGUCGUAAGCUCUUUAACAUGGGAUAAAAGAGUUGAUGUGAAUCUUGUGAAUGAUGGAGGCCAGACUGCUUUGGACAUUGUAUUAUCAGUGAAGCAUCCAACUACAUUUCACCAGGCACUAAUUUGGACAGCACUCAAAUCUGCUGGUGCACGACCAGCGGGAAAUUCAAAGUUCCCACCCAGUAGACGUUGUAGACGUUGUAGACAGGACUCUGAAUCACCUAAUACGGACAAGUACAAGGACAGGGUAAACACUCUUUUGUUGGUUUCGACCCUUGUUGCCACAGUGACAUUUGCUGCUGGUUUUACCAUGCCAGGUGGCUACAACAGCUCUGACCCAAAUGUCGGCAUGGCUGCCUUGCUGAUGAGAAAUAUGUUCCAUAUGUUCGUCAUCUGCAAUACCACUGGUAUGUAUACCUCCAUCCUCGCGGCAAUCAUCCUCAUCUGGGCACAGUUAGGUGAUCUCAAUUUGAUGGAUACUGCCCUCAGAUUUGCAUUGCCAUUGUUGGGGUUGGCCCUUACUGCGAUGUCCUUAGGCUUCAUGGCAGGUGUUUACCUGGUGGUCAGUAAUCUUCAUUGGCUUGCAAUUGUUGUCGUCAUUAUUGGAAUCAUCUGCCUUGUCGGUCUCCUAGUAUCCUUUUUUUUACUUUUCCUCCCAAAUAAGUCUACUAAUCGUAUCCUUAGGCACAUCUCCUAUUAUCCGUUUCUUAUAUUGGUAUGGGCAUCUAAAAGCCCCGAAAUGAAACGAGAAGAUUAGCUCGCCCUGUUGAUGAUGUCUGCUAGCUCCAUCUUCCCCUAUGUUUGUUGCUUCUUUCAGCAUUAUCUCAAUCACUUGGUAGACAAAGUAUGUUAUGUAUAAAUGCUUAGUGUGAUCAGAACUUCAAUAUAUUGAUGGUGUUGUACAUGACCAUUUCUUAUAUAAAUCUAUGGUUUUUGGAUCUAUAA